AUGAAAUUGCUCAUGUGGAUAUUUUGCCUUAUUUGUUUUGUGAGUCACGGCGAGGGAGAGGAUACUCGCCAAGUUGGAGUGCGAAUGGUUCUCGAUGAUAAAUACCAACAUUUAUUCUUGGAAUAUCACCGCAACCAAAAUGCAUCUUUGGACGUGUAUCUACAAGUAUUUCUAAACUCGGUGAACCUUUUUUUUCGUGAUAUAAAAAAUCCAAGUGUGGAGUUUGUUCUUGUUGACACUUAUAACAUGACGUCCAAUGAAAGCGGUACACUCCUAGCAAAUAAGAGAAGCACUGAAGAGUACCUUUAUGAACUGCAGGAGUUCGGAAUUAAGCAUAACUUUUCAUCUGAUGGCCUGGUUUUUCUUCUACAUCCAUACCAGUUGACCGCGAAAAACGAAUUCCAAACUUCCUUCUUUGAUGGAUUUUGCAAUACCAGAGGAUAUGGAUUCGGUCAAGACGACGCAAGAACAUUCAGUGGCGUGACAAUGGCGGCGCGUCAAUUUGCUCGCCUAUUGGGUGCCAACGCCGACAAUAUUUCUGGAUGCAAAGACAGUACUUACCUGAUGGCCAAUAACAGAAGCUCUUCAAAUAAGCAUACAUUGUCGGACUGCAGCAAGAGGAAUAUCCAGAACAAAUUAGAGACAAUCAAACAUUCCAGUUGUUUGAGAACAAAUUAUUCUAGACAUGUGAAUUCGACGUACCUUCCGUCUGACUUUUUAGCCGAGAAAGACACCUGUACCAUAAAGAAUCAGAACUAUACAUUCUGUAAUCAUUCUGGCACAGAGCACACGAAAGCUUUUUUUGUUGGUUGCUCAAUUGCCUGCUGUGAAAAGGACGCAGGAAACUUGUAUGUUAUUCUUGCCCCCGAUGGAACAAAAAGUGACGAAUGCCAGCUUUGUCUUGCCGGAAGUUGUGCAAAGGAGUCAGUCACGUCUUCAUCAAGCACACGUGGAGCGGUCUCUGGUGAAUGA